ACAACUGUAGGUGGCAGUGUGAAAGGGUUAAAGCAGCAGGACCUCCUCUCCUCUGCCUCCUCCCUCUGUCAUCUACCUCAGAUGCAGCAGUGUCCGUUGCGCACUGAGACGCAGUCACUGGAAGAUGGCAUCUGAGGAGGGGCAGGUGUACGUGGUGACGGGGGGCUGCGGCUUCCUGGGGUCCCACCUGGUGCGGAUGCUGGUGGAGCACGUCAGCAAUGUGUCGGAGAUAAGAGUAUUUGACCUGCACCUGGACGAGGCGCUGCGGACGCUCAGUAACGAACAUGUAAAGGUCAAACUGAUCCAAGGAGACAUCUCCUCUCUGGAGGACGUCCGCUCCGCCCUCACUGGUGGUCACGUGGUCAUACACACAGCCAGCCUGGUGGACGUCUGGGGCCGUGUCCCGGCCAGCAAGGUCACAAAGGUCAAUGUGACAGGGACGGAGAACGUGCUGAGAGUAUGUGAGGAGGAAGGGAUCCAGUACCUGGUCUACACCAGCAGCAUGGAGGUCGUGGGGCCCAACAUACACGGGGACCCGUUCUACAGGGGCAAUGAAGACACAGAAUACACCGUGUACCACAACCAACCGUACCCGCUGAGCAAAUCUAAAGCCGAGAAGAUGGUGCUGGAGGCCAAUGGGAAGAAGAUAAAGGGCGGGAAGACCCUUUACAGCUGUUCGCUGCGUCCCACAGGGAUCUACGGCGAGGGACACGAGCUGAUGAGGCAGUUUUAUAAGCAGGGGCUGCGGACUGGACGCCGGGUCUUCAGAGCCAUCUCUCCAGCUACAGAACAUGGCAGAGUCUAUGUCGGUAACGUGGCCUGGAUGCACGUCCUCGCCGCCCGCCAGCUGCAGGAGCGCCCCUCAGUUCUUGGUGGACAGGUGUAUUUCUGCUACGACCACUCUCCAUAUAAAAGCUACGAGGAUUUCAAUAUGGAGUUCCUGUCGGCCUGCGGAUUUCGGAUGGUCGGGUCUCACCCGCUGGUGCCUUAUUUCCUUCUGUAUUUGCUGGCGCUGCUUAACUCACUUCUGCAAUGGAUUCUCCACCCGUUCUGCACCUACGCCCCGAUACUCAACCCAUACACCCUGGCGGUGGCCAGCACCACAUUCACCGUGCAGACGGACAAGGCAGAGAGGCAUUUUGGUUACAAGCCUCCGUUCAGCUGGGAGGAGAGCAAGCGGCAUACAGUGGCCUGGGUGAGGAGCUUCGAGGAGGGGGCGAAGAGCCAAUGACACCCACCAUAACGGGGUGUCAGCGGUGACUAUACAGUACAGACAUGACGUAUCGGGGUGUCACCGGUCACUAUACAGUACAGACGUGACAUAACGGGGUGUCACCGGUCACUAUACAGUACAGACAUGACAUAACGGGGUGUCACCGGUCACUAUACAGUACAGACGUGACAUAACAGGGUGUCACCGGGCACUAUACAGUACAGACACGACAUAACGGGGUGUCAGCAGUCACUAUACAGUACAGACAUGACAUAACGGGGUGUCACCGGUCACUAUACAGUACAGACAUGACAUAACGGGGUGUCACCGGUCACUAUACAGUACAGACGUGACAUAACGGGGUGUCACCGGUCACUAUACAGUACAGACGUGACAUAACGGGGUGUCACCGGUCACUAUACAGUACAGACGUGACAUAACGGGGUGUCACCGGUCACUAUACAGUACAGACAUGACAUAAAGGGGUGUCACCGGUCACUAUACAGUACAGACAUGACAUAACGGGGUGUCACCGGGCACUAUACAGUACAGACAUGACAUAACGGGGUGUCACCGGUCACUAUACAGUACAGACAUGACAUAACGGGGUGUCACCGGUCACUAUACAGUACAGACAUGACGUAUCAGGGUGUCACCGGUCACUAUACAGUACAGACAUGACAUAACGGGGUGUCAACGGUCACUAUACAGUACAGACUUGACAUAACGGGGUGUCACCGGUCACUAUACAGUACAGACGUGACAUAACGGGGUGUCACCGGUCACUAUACAGUACAGACGUGACAUAACGGGGUGUCACCGGUCACUAUACAGUACAGA